AUGCUGUCACACUUGCUUCCAUUGAUUUGUAUCUUGGUUGUCGUCAGGGCUUCAGCGGCAGCUGCCGAUGGAAAUGGCCAGUGUAUGAGCGAUGUGAUUCAGGAACUGGAACUGCAAUGCAAUAGCAGCUCUCCAUCGUAUGACCGGGUACUGUCAACAUAUCGGGCGCAGUGUUGCAGCAGGCCCCUGCGGGUCCUUGCGCCCACAACUCUCAAAUCAUGGGUCACACAGCAAGCUGUACAAUUUGAACGGCAAAUCAGCACACCGGUGAAUGUGACCUAUGUGGAUCCGGGCAGUAUACCGUCGACCAUUGACUCACAGCUGACGGGAUGGGCACAACAAGACUUAUGGAUAGUUGACGGCGCCAGCAUACCGUUUCUGAAUUACAAAAGGGCGCUGCUGCCGCUGGAGCAAAAAAUUAACGACAGCCCUGAUGUCGGCGACGCGCUUCUAAUGUACUAUCGCCGUGAUACGCUGGCGGCGCUGGGACGCGAUGUACCAACCUCCUGGGAGGGUUUGCUACAACUGGCAGCGGACUGGAACGCGUCGACGGCGGCGGCGGCGGCAGUAGCAGGCGCCGCGGCGGAGGCGCUUCCCGCGCCGCAGUACGCCCUGUGCCGCUGGGGACCACGUACAGGCUGGGCGGUGGCGCUUGACUCGUCCGAGUCGUACUCCGAGGCUGCUGCCGUACAGCUGCUGAACGGCAGUGCCAUGGAGCUCGCGCUGGCCAACCUCAAGGCGAUGGCGGCCGCCGGGGCUCAGGAGCUGGCCUGCGGCCAACCGUUGCUGCGAUUCGCCGCCGGCGAGUGCGUUGUAACGCUCGAUCUGGGUCGCAGUUUCCGCGUCCUACAGCAACAGCAACCGCUGCAGGGGAAUGGAAGCAGCGAAGGCGGCGGCGGCGGCGGCAGCCAAGGUUCCUUGGUCCGCGGUGUCGUAGGAGUGGCGCCGCCGCCUGGCAGUACUCGUGUGUUGGACAGGCGCACGGGCAAGCUGGUGCCGGCGGCGGCGGAUGCGUGCCGGGCGCCCAUUCCCACCUCCAUUCACGGGUCGACUUCCUGGGCGUGCGCCGCGCCGAUUCUGUCGUACGGCGGCGUCUUUGGCGCGAUGGGGCGCCGGAACGGCGCUGUGUAUCAGGAACUGGGGUUUCAAUUCCUGACGUGGCUAACGUCGUACGAAGCGCAGUGGCAGGGGGUACGAGCGGCCGCUGGCGGCGACGGCGCCGCCGACGCGUCGGCAGUGGCGGCGGCGGCGGCAGUUCAGCCGGUUCGUACGAGCAUGCUGGAGUCGGAUGCAGCGGAGCGGCUGGCUGCCGCUAGCGGCGGCGCGGGGACCCACAUGGAUGCUGCCGUACAGUCGUACCUGGCUGGCACGCCCGCUGCAGUGGCGGCCGACGGCAUGUUGCGCGCCUGGCUGGCGGAAUGGUCGCGACUGAACGUCACUGUGGCGGAUGUACGGCAGAUGCUGCUGCAGGCGACGCCGGAUCUUAUAGCGGGCUCGCUCGCGGCCCGCGGGGCGGGCGGGAAGCUGAAGCAGGUUGUGGGGUGGGCCGUCGCCGUGGGAUUGUCUGGUGUUCUGGUGUUGCUGGGUGUGGGCGGAUUGGCGGUGUGGUGCUUCCGGAUGGCGAGGGGGGAGGCUCGCCUGCGGCGGAUUGAGCCGCCGGGGGUUGGCGCACAAACGACAUUGGUGGUUACAGACAUCCAAGACUCGACCAAGCUGUGGGAGCAGCUACACAGCGAUGUGAUGGAUUUGGCGAUCUACCACCACCACUCCCUGGCACGGCGGCUGAUUCUGCGGUUUCGGGGCUACGAGUCGGCCACAGAGGAACUGCUGCUGGUGUCCUGGCCUCCUGAGCUGUUGGAGCUGGAGGGAUGCAGGCCGGUCUGGAUGUGCAAGAGUGAGCCCGAUAUGAUGCGCCGUCGUGACAGCCAGAUUGGCCAGCAGCCCCUCCUGGAGGUCACGAGGUCAGGUGCGCCGCUGUCGAUGCUGGCGCUACACGGCGUUCCAUCCGUCCUGCGACGUAGCGAGCCAUCCGGAGCUGGCGGCGACGCCGCCGCCGGUCCGCUGGGGCUUGCGACCGCCGGCGGCGGCGGCGGCGGCGACCCGCUGGGCCUGCCGACCGGCGGCGGCGGCGGCGGCCGCAAUGAGCGUGACGCCAGCAACGUCACGCUGAGCGUUGGUGUCGGAAGUGGCGGUGUCGGUGGCGGCGGUGCCAGCGGUGGCGGCGGCGGCGGCAGUGUCAGCGGUGGAGGCGGCAGUGUCAGCGGUGGCGGCGCCGGCGCCGGCGGGACAUCGGGCGCCAUGUCGUUGGGCUCCUAUCCAUCAUUGGGUCUGGCGGCUCCGCCGACGCGCUAUGCCCGCAGCACAUCGCCGUACUUAAUGAGCAUGUCGGGCAGCGGCAGCCCGGCCAUGGGUGCGUUGGGCGCAUCGCCGCGGCAACUAAGUUUUUUGGGGCGUAGCUUGAGUCGGUUGGGGCCUUCACCCAUACCGUCGGUAAGUACGGCAGCGACGGUGCACCCGCUGGUGUCGCCGCUGGCGUCGUUCGCCUCUGGUGUCGGGACUCUUGAGCGGCACUCAACGCCGCGGGACAGCAGCGGCAGCAACUACCGUACAAUCACGGCGGCAGCAGGGGCGGUGUCGCAACCCGGCGGCCAAGAUAUCCUAUUGAAUUCGCCAACGUCACCGGUGGCGUACGGUGGUAGUACGAGCAGUGACGGCGGCGGCGGCGGCGGAGCUGAGGCGGCCGACGUUGGUACCGCGACGCCGGUGGCGGCGGCAGCCGCCAGGGCGGGGUUCUCGUCGGGGACCGUCAUGUCGUUCCGGGAGAGUUUCCGCGAUGGCGGCGGCCGCGGCGGCGGCGGCGGCGGCGGCGGCGGCAGCGGCGAGGGUGGCGGGGGCGGUACAUCCUCCCCAUCAUCCCAAAAGCAAGACAGCAUUAGUGGCGGCGACGAUGGCGCUGCAGAUCGGAGGCUCCCGACGUUGUCGGGCUUUCCAACGGUGACUGAGCCAGGCCUGUCGCGUUCGCAUAGCUUGCUUUCGCAAGGCGGUGGCGGCGGCGGCGGCAGUGGAGGUGGUACGGCGUUUGGGGGCUCAGCGCGCAUUCCGCGGCCGCAUCCUUUCAUUAAUCGUAGCUUGUCUGCGUCGGGCCGCAGCGGCGACGGCGACGUCACCGUCGGUGGCGCUGGCGGCGGCGGCGGCGGGCGAGGGCCCUCCAGCCGUGGCCGCCUAAGUACGGCAGGAUGCCGUAGCUCCUCCAAGUGGCGCAACUCCGCCGACACAUUUGAGGGUGCGCCGGAUCGUACGACAAACAAUAGUCGCCAUUCACGGAGUACGGAGAUCGCCACGGUUUCGGAGUUUAAUGUAGUGCUCGAGUCCGGCGGGCAACACUUUAUAAAUCCGCGCUCCGAAACUGAUGUCGUAUCGGCUGUGUCACCGCCGCCGCCGGCGGGGCAUCAUCACCAUCAUCAACAGCUGCAGCAGAGCUCGCCGUGGGGGCCGCUAUUCAGAUUUCCACCGUACGGCAUGGCCGAGACGCCAGAGGUCGGGAUGCCGCCGCCGACUGCCGUACCCGUUGGCGCCGCGGCGGUGACAGGGGUGGAUGCGAUGGAGCAUUCCUCUCGUAGCGACGACAACCGGGCGCAAGACCCACCUGACGGCGCCGUCACCGCCGCCACCGGGCCGCUUGGGGAGGGCGCCCGCGUGGUCAUGACGCCGUCGGGGCCGCCGCCACCGUACAGCCCACGUGCAGCUGUACGGCGGUCCUCCGUGACGUUUGACUUCCAGUCCACGGGCACGGGCAGCAGUGGCGGUGUCAGUGACGAUCGCUCCUCAGCGAGCGGCGCCGCCAGCAGUACGACUCGCCCCGUUGCCGCUGCCCUCGCCGCCGCCACCGGCACCGCCGCCGCCGACUCCACGCCGCCGACUCCCAUGCGUGAUCCCCGCUCAAACUCCAGCUCUUAUAGCAGUGCGCAGCUCGCGGACUACGUCAACACGGGAAGCUUCGAGCCAUGCGCCCCUGGCCCAUCGCCCUCGGUCGUACGCACCUCCCCAAAUACCUCCCACCCUCCCCCUCGUCCAAUCAUUCACACCAGCCGGCGCCCUCCAAGCCACCUAGGCCCCUCCGCCGUUGGCGUCGCUGCCGCCGUACCCUUGCCGCUGCCGCCGCUGCCUCCUUUUAGCUCCCGUGCCGCCAGCCUGCGGCGCCGCAGCGACGUCACCCCCAGCGGGGCCGCGGCUGCUGCCGUUGGCGGGGCAUUCCCAGACUGCACUUCGCCGUACAGCACCUCGUAUGCUGCUGCAACCACGGCGGCAGGUUUGUUCGGCCAUGGUCAAGGCUACGACGGCGCGCUGCGGCCGAGUCCGCUGGGCCGUGAUGUAUCCCAAAGCAGCAUCAGCUCGGGCUAUUCAGGUUUCCGUAGAUCUGUACGGCGGGGAAGCCAUGGCGGUGGUGGCGGCGGCGCCGUCAGCGACGCAACGGGCCCGCGAAGCAGCAACAGCCGCAGCCUUCACGGGCCGUCCGUCGACGGCGACGACAUUACGGAAGCUGCGGCAGCAGAGCUGGCGGCUUUCUGCGACCAGUCGUCGCCCCUUCCUCAGCUCUUCCCCGCCGCCACAAUCUCCGAGGACGAAACCGCCACCGCGAGCGGCGCCGCCGCCGCCGCCGCUGGUGUGUCCGUCGACCCGCAUUUUAGCAACUACACUGUUCCCGGCCGUGAUGGCGACGGCGUCGACGGCGGCGUCGACGGCGGCCGCAGUAGUAACGUCAAGCGCAGCCUCAUGGACUUCGCACCCGCCAGCGGCGUUACCACCCACUUCAAACACCAACACCAACACCAACAGCAUCAGCACCCCAUUCCUGCCAACUCAGGAGAGCCCCCCGUGCGACAGCCGCUGUUUGGCGACCUCGCCGGACUAGGAGCCGCAACCUCAAUCAGCCUCUCAGCGCCCCCACCAACACCCGCCGCCACCUCCGCACUAAUAACUCUACCCACCACUCCCACCACCACCUCCACCGCCGCCGCCGCCGCCGCCGCUAGCAACGGUCUCCCCGACCUAUCAGCGACAACCUCGCCAGCCAGCUCCGUCCACCCCAUUCCGGCCCACUUGCACCACCACCACCACCACACCCACACCCACACACAUGCACACCCCUCUGGCAGCCCUGGGGAACCUCACCACCAUCACAACCACGGCGGCGGCGGCGGUGGCAGCGGCGGCGGUAGUGGUUUUAGUCGUAGUCUUUUAGCGCUGGUCACGAUGCCGGCACCCCGCGGCGGCGGCGGCGGCGGCGGCAUAGCCGGCGGCGGCGGCGGUGGCGCCCAUGUCGUACAGUCACCGGAGUCCCGCGCCGCCAGCAUGACCUCCAUGAUGCGAUUGGCGUCCCAGCACAACUUGCAGUCUGUGGGGGAGUCUCUGUGCAGCCGCUGGAAGGCGGUGGAGGAGGGGGUUCCUGGAGCACAGCUCGUGUUCAGGGGACUCCGAGUGCGAAUGGGCAUGCACUCAGGCCUCUCCGAAACCACCGACAUGGCGCAGCUCAAUCGUACGGCAAACCGCAUGCAGUACACCGGCGUCGGGCUGUCCAUGGCCAAGGCAGUCGCGGAUUGCGCACAUGGAGGCCAGGUGCUCAUGUCUGAGGCGGCAUUUACGCAGCUGGCCGUGGAGAGCCUCCGCGGCGGCGUCAUGGUGCUUCACCUUGGGGAGCACCGAGUCAAGGACGACCUGCCCUCCAUCAGCCUCUACUGGGGCUGUCCGCGGGGGCUGCAGGGCCGUCUGCCGGCGCUGCGGGAGUUGGCCGCCACGGCGCUGGCCAUGUUUCGCGACCACGCCUCGUUGGAGCUGAUCAAGUACCAUGGCUAUCUGGUUGAGGCGGUUGACGGUUUGGUCCUAGCUUCCUUCUCCUCCCCGAGCUCGGGGCUGGCCUGGGUGGCCAAGUGCCAGAGCGACAUGACUAUGCUGCCGUGGCCGGAGGAGCUCAUGUGUCAUGAGGCGUGUGAGGAACUGGUCAUAACCCGCCAAAACCCCACCACUGGAGUGCACGAGGAUGUCGUGGUGUUCAGGACGGCGGCCGCAGUGGUAUCCCGCCGUGCUCGUACGGUCCUGACUCGUCCAGAGGGUCCACUAGAGUUUGACGAGCUGCCCAUCUCCGAUCCUGUGGCGGCGCUGCAACACCACGUCAGCAUCAACAACGCGCCGUCGCCAGCGGCGGCGGCCGCCGCGGCCGCGUCGGCGGCGGUGCUGGCGCGGCAGAUCAGCGCUGCGAGCUCAGCGGCGCUGUGCGGCGGCAGCGUCACGGCGGCGGGAAGCAGCUUGGCUGACGGCGCCGUCGGCAACGGCGGCGGCGCCGUCGGAGGCGGCAGCGGCGGCAGCGGCAUCACCCUUGGCCGCGCGCCGUCACGUGUGAUGUUGGGUCGCAUGCACUCAAUGUCCGCUGCGUUGCGGAAGGAGGAGAGCAUGACGCGGAGGACCUUGUCACGAAAUGUGUCCAUGAGCCAGCCGCAGCUGCAGGGCUCCCCGGCAACGGAACGUAUGGAUUUAACGCCGCAGGGCUCCGUACAUGCAGGCGCAUUGCAUACUGGCGCCGCCGCUGCCGCCGCCGCAUCGAGCUCGGUCAUCAGUCACAGUCACUCAGCACGCCACGGUUUUUCAGGCACCGGCAACGGGUACGUCGGCGUGGGACUUGCCGCCGCCGCCGCCGCCGCCACCGCCGGGUCGUACUUUCCGCCGUCCCUUGGCUCCGGAACCCGUACUUCCCGGAACUCCAGGAACUCAGGUGUCGAGGCCGGGGGCGAUAUCGACGGCGGCCACUCAUCCACCCCACGUAGCUCCAAUACGUCGAACCGCUCCGGGCCGCCGCUGUGGGCCCCGCGGCUAAUGAUGCCCGUACCGCUGCCGUCGCGUCAAACCUCCGGGGCCAUCUCAUCGCAACAGCAACAGCAGCAACAGCAGCAGCAUCCGUACGGCAGCGGCGGCGCCGCGGUAUCGCCGGUGCCCAUGCGUUCACGCCCAGGGCAAGGCCUUGUACGGCACAUCUCCGCGUUCCUCCGCUCCGCGUCCCUCGCGCUGCAGGGCGGCAGCUCCGGCAACAACAGCGGCGCCGCCGCCGCCAGUGCCGCGGCCGCCGCCGCGGCCGCCACAACCUCGGCCGGUGGCGGCGGCGGUCCGCAUAGCAGCUCCAACCAGCCAAUGCCUCCUUCCCCGGGUCCCCAGGGGCCGCGCGGCGCCGCCGGGGCAGAAGGCGGCGGCGCGGACGCCGCCGCCGCCGCCGCCGCCGCCGGCCUCGGCCUCGGUCUGACCAGUCUGGUUUAUCGGUCCUAUGACACGGCUCUGAGGGACAGCACCUCAGGUGCUGUGGAUACGAGGCUGCUGUCCACGGGCACCCUGGGGUUGUCGAGUGCCGGCGCCGCCGCCACGGGCUCCAACGUAACCACGACGACAGCGGGCGGCGGCGGCGGCGGCGGCGGCGGGUUAUUAGGUAGCGGCGUCGGGGGCCUGCGCGACCGGCUGCCAGCACGGCUGCAAGCGAUGGGCGGCCUCUUCCGCGCUGGUUCGUUCAGCUGUCACGUCCGCCGCCGCGCCGAUGGCAGCUCCCGUGCCAGCGACUUCGGCGUCACGUCCGCCACUGGUGUCGUACCUGGCGGCGGCGGCCGCGGCACACGAUCCCCGCCGGAGAGCGGACGCCGCUACAUGUCCACGGCCAGCGGACUCGGCUACGUCGCCGCCGCCAGCGGCAGCGCCACCGGCGGAGGCGGUGUGGUGCCGGGUAGUCCAGGGCUGUCCCCCGCGCUCCGGCCUGUGGCGGCGGCGGCCAUGGCAGGCGGCGGCGGCGGCGGCGGGUUUGGCAGCGGGGGCUUCUACUGGCGGCGGGAAGCACACGCGGCAGCGGCAGCCGCUGCCGCUACUGCCGCCGGCAGCGGCGGCGGCAGCGGCGGCGGCAGCAACCGUCGUCGCGAGUCUCGCGGUGAGGGAGUGUUAUUGGAUCGCAUCCUCACGGACCGAGACAACAGCUUUGUGAUUGUGGUGGGUGAGGAUGAGGACGGUGAAGUGGAGGGGGAUUCGGAAGGGGAGGUGGAGGACGUGGCGGUGAGUGUCCGUGGCGGUGACGUGCCGCCGCCGCCGGCGGCUGCGGCGGUGACUGCAGCUGCUCCGUCAGCGAUGAUACUCCAGUCCGCCAGCGGCAGCGACGGCGGCAGAGCUCCAACCGGCGGCGGCGGCGGCGGCGGCGGCGGCGGCGGUGAAAGACAGCCGCAGCGAUCUUCAGCCGCUGGCGUGUCCCUCACUGCAGCGCUGAUGCACCUCAACAGCGCGCCUCUCGCCGACAUCUUCAUGGAACAUAUGGAACACAACUGCGAACAGUUUCGGAGCCCUUGA